UCGCUUUGGGAGCAUAUAUCAAACGAGACUAUAAGGUUCUCACUCCCUCAGAGAACAGCUGAUGCAAAUGCUAAGGACUGUCCACUACAAGUUCCUAGUUUUUGUAUUCGGUGACUGAAAAAAUGAGUUCCUUGGGGUGUGUCGGUGUGAGCUGGCUUCCAUCGAGUCUAGGCGUCUUCGUGCUGGUUGCUGUACUUGUAUCCUAUAUAUGGGCGUCGCUGACCGGAAGCUUUGCCCUUUAUGGACCUUUCAUUAGUGAAACAGGGGCGUCGGCUUCUCAAAGCGGAGUCUUCAGCAUGUUUUUAUUUAUUGCUUCCGUCUGGGGAUGUUUCAUAAUGCUGAUCCGAUACGCUGCCGUGCGCCGUCUGACGCAAAACUCCAAGGUCCGUGUGUGGUUCCUCAACGGUGGAUCUCUCUUCAUGGGCCUCGCAGCCAUCUUUGGGAACCUCAUCGUCGCUUCUUACUCGGUGAUGUCCAGCAAAACGCUCCAUAACGCCGGAGCAUACACAAUGCUUCUCUCUGGCGUCCUUUACGUUGUCCUGCAGACAUGUCUCACCUGCUCUCUCUAUCCACAUCACAACGGUCGUUUUAUUUUCUGCUUGAGAUUCCUCCUCACAUUGAUCUCCGUAGUUGCUCUCAUCGUCUUUGCCUGGUUCCACUAUGUUGCUGAAGAAACAUGGAGUGAUACAGGAGCUGUGCAUCCAGGCCACAAGAGAGUUCCAGGAGACCAAGGCUUCUUGGAGUUUACGGUGAGCGCCACGGCCGAAUGGUGCCUUGCCAUUACCUUCAUGCUCUUCUUCCUGACGUUCAUGCGGGAGUUCAGACGGGUCGCCCUCAGGUUGGAUGUCUACCCUCUGGUCUAUCACUUUGAUGACAACAUUGAAGUCACAAGGCUACCUGCUGAAGUUCGCCCACUGCUCAGGCGGAAGACUUCAAGUCAUCACUCUGCACUACAUCCCAGUGACGUGCACUGAUUUCUUAUGGUUGUACUGGCUACCAUGGACUAUACGUGUUUAUUUAAUGUACAUAAUGCACCGAUGUAUGUCAUAUCGGUUCCUGCAAGCAGGGCCGGCGAGAGAAAGUACGGGCCCCGGGGAUGGGUCCUUCCCGGGCCGUCCCCUCACGUCUCCUGGUGCUAGCCAGAGAGUCGAACCGAAACGUUUAUCGAUUUGGUUCGGGUAUAGGUACGACGAUAAGGGUUCGGUUCCGGUUCAGCUCCAGAAGGCAACUAUAUAGUUGCCUUCUGGAGCUGAACCUUCUGGAGCUGAAUGGUCCAAACCGGUUUUUUCCAAACGGUUCGGUUCACGAACCGGUUCAGGGGCCACGGGUGCGAAUGAAGCACAACAGGCAGGUUAAAGCAAACUUGCGUUUGUGUGGUACAGUGCUUGAAGUGUACAGGAAGGCGUCAAUGGUCGUUCAGGAUUUUGAAAGACUUUGUGCGAUAUCAAAGACAAGAUUAGUAGUGGUUACAAGAGGAGCAUAGCCUUGGGUUGACUGUCCCCGCACGUAGCUCAUGUCGCGGGGGUUAACUCACCCACCGGGUUGUUCGCAGAAUGUCGCCAGGAACAGGCGCCAGGAACAUCUUGCCAGUCAACCAAGCCAGCUACCUUGGCCUAAAUCAUUUAAGUGGUAGAAAUAAUUCACCACAAGUCGGAGUCGCGAAUACACGUUAAUCACCAAAACGACGCUUGAUGGUAGUUGGAUUGCAAUGGUGCGAUCCUGAGCUCGGCGUCUCUAUGUAAAAGGCGCGUUAUAGUGUCAGCACUGACCGCCGCCGUGCUACCAUGUCGCGUUAGAUUGAAUAGUGUCUGUGAAACAAAGACAAAGCAAGUACAAACAGAGGGUUCGACUAAUUUUCGACCCAUUGCCGAUUUUUAAAUACGAUGUCAAUAUGGUUGUUUUUGCUUCUUUUAUUUCAAAUCCACAAAGAAACCCAGCUUGGCAUGUUCUUUUCAUUCUGACCAGCAUGAGGGUGGCUGGCGCUUUACUUUCAUAAUACCCUAGUUACGCGGCAAACUUAAUGCAUUAAACGGAAUGACAGUAACUUCACCUCCUAACCAACCAUCAUCUCGAAUGACACCGUUCUCUCCCCUGAUUUGUUGAAAACAGUAGGCGUACGCCUUUUCUGUUACAAUUAUGUCCUGCAUAAUUGAGACAGAAAAGGUUGUGACAAAAAAAGAUAUAUACAAGGUGUGUGCAGAAAAACGUGACCCGCAUUUUUACAUGUAACUCGUUGUCUACUUACCCGGGGAACAUCCGGUGGCGUACGAUGGCGUAUUUAUGCGU